AUUUAAAUCAAUAAAAUAUGGGUGAUAAUCCAAUGGAUGUUUUUAAGGAGGAAAUGGAAAAUGAGGAAGUAUAUCUAAAAGUCAAUGCAAUGCAUAGAAUUAGAGUAAUUGCAACUCUUUUAGGAAUAGAUAAAAUAAAGUCUGUACUUUUACCAUAUUUUGAAAGUAAAUAUAUGAUAAUAAAUUAAAAGCUUUAAUGAAGAAAGAAGAUGAUGAAGUCUUAUUUGCAAUGGCAGAAGAAUUAGGCUAUAUUGCGUAUUUGAAUAGGUUAAUUUUAGUUAAAUAAUUCAAUAAUAAUCAAUAUGUUUAUUACCAAUUUUGGAAUAGUUGGCUGGAUUUGAUGAGACUGUUGUACGAGAUUAAGCAGUCAAAUCAAUUAUAAUUGUGUGUGGCUAUUUAGGAGAUAAUGAAAUUUCUAAUAAUGUUGUUCCUAUGGUAACAGUUUUUGUAUAUUGUUAGAUUUUAAAAUUAGCAUCAAAUGAAGCCAACUUUACUUGUAGAGUUUCAGCUGUAAAUUUAAUGUGUCCUAUGUAUGCAAGAUCUGGAAAUUAGAAAGAAAAAUUGAGAUAGUAUUAAUUAUUAGAUAAAAUUUUUAAGAAAAUUUAAUGAAUUAUGUAGUGAAGAAACACCAAUGGUUCGAAGAGCAGUUGCAUCUAAAAUUGGUGAGAUUGCAUAAUUUAUGGAUAAGAAUCAUGUUAUUGAAGUUUUAAUAGCUGUUUUGAAAUAAUUAUGUUAAGAUGAGUAGGAUUAAGUUAGAUUAUUAUGUAUGGAAAGCAUUAUGAAUAUUGCUAAGAUUCUAAAUAUUAAUGAGAAUAAAACAAAUAUCUUACCAUUGAUAAUAUCUUCAGCCGAAGAUAAAUCAUGGAGAGUAAGAUUAGCAUUGUCAAAGAUAUUUGCAGAGGUACUAGUUUUAAGAUUAUUAUAUAGUUAGCAGAAGCAGUAGGCAAGGAGAUUGCUGACUCUUCAUUAAUUUAGAUAUUUUCUAAUUUAUUAAAAGAUCCUGAAAGUGAUGUUCGAGUAAUAGCAGUUAAAAGUUUGGCUAAAUUUAUUAAGUAUGUAUCUCCAGAGAAACUUACCCUAAUAAUUCCUUUACUAUAAUUAUUAGCUAAAGAUGCAUUUGCAUAAGUGAAAUGUAUGUAUAUAAUGUUGAUAAUACUAAGAGAAUGCUUGUUUAGUAAUUGGAUAGAUAGCUACAAUACUACCUCGUGAUAAUAGUUAAAGCAAAUUACAAUCAUAUUUAAUUGAAUUAAUGGGAGAUGAUAAUCAAGAUGUAAGAAAGAAUGCAGCAUAAUCAGUUGGAGUAUUCGCUGCUGCUCUUGGUCCUGAUGCAAUAGGAUAAUUUAUACCUCAUUUAAAAAAAAGUAUGGAGGAUCCAAAAUGGAGAGUUAGAAAAGAAACAAUGUAAACUGUUAUUCAAUUAGCUUUGUAUUUAUAAUUUAUUAUUUAAGAACAAUUAAAAAUAUAGAUGUCUUUUUAAAAUAAUUAGAACCUGUUUAUGUUUUGUUUUUGAAGGAUAGAGCUGCUGAAGUGAGAACAAUAGGUUUAUGUAGAUUGAAUGACUUAAUUUAAACUUACAAAAUUGAUUGGGCAUUGGGAAGCUUUUUUUCUAAAUGUUUAGAAGUUCUUAAUAAGGAUACUGGAUUCUUGUACAGAAUAAAUGCCUUAUAUGCAAUCUAACAUAUUGGAUAAGUGGCUGAUGGACCAAUGAUUUAAGAUAAAUUAUGGCCUAUUGUUCAUAAAUGUUUAAAAGAUAAUGUUCCUAAUAUUAAAUUUGUUAGUAUUAGGGUGGCAAAAUCAUUAUCAAAAAGGAUUGAUCAUCAAGGAACACUAAAUCAAAUAAAAUAGUAUACUUUUUCAUAUUAAUAUAGAGCAAUAAAUGAAUUGAUUGAUGAUAAUGAUAGAGAUGUUAAAUUUUAUGCCUAAGAAGCUUUACAAUAUUGAAG